AUGGUCAAAAAGACUAAACAUAUCAGGCAAGGUCGUGCUAGUGAAAGCACAGAUAAUCAGAAGGUUGAGGAGGUGACACCUUGGGUUGAGAAUGGAUCAUGUCCCGUUCCGAUGGUUAUGUGCUGCAAUAAAGGUAAACUCUUGCGUUUGAAAGUGUUUUCUUUGCGUUUAGGAGAGGGAAAAGAACGCCUUACGUAAUAGUGAGGAUCACCGGACUGACCUAGAGCUUUUGAUUUGGCUCUAUGCGCUCUUUGACUAUAGUGAUCGAGUAUAAGAUUGGCGGGUCUGCGAUAGGGUAUAGUUGAUUGAAAAAACAUGACUGAAUGUAUGCUUGUGUUGAGUUUGAAUAUGAUGUAAGGCUCUAAUUAUAAAUUUGACGUUUCUUCUGUUUUUCGAUAUUUGACUGCUAAAUUUGAGUUGAAUUUUUGCACCGAAGUCGGUACAAUUUCUCUUUCGUACUAACUAACACCAGAAAAAGCGUAUAACUGAUUUUUUAGUUAUUUCAAUAUCAUACAUCCUGAUAAAUUUUCAGGAGAACCAGUUGGGGAAACCGAUGGAGUACGGAUGUUCUGUUCGAGCAAGGACUGCACAAUAAACAAUGUUCUCCAUAAACAGUGCUUUGAGGAGCUGGAGAUUGGCUUAAUUAAGAUCCUUCAAAAUAAAGGUAAUUCUUUGUUUAAAUCAAGGUGCUUUGACGUUUAGGGUCGGCUAGAAGAUGGACGGAGGAUCAACGAAUGAGUAAUUUGUGGACGAAGAAGGGAAUGAAUAUACUCGCAAGGUUUUUACGUUGUAAAUGUUCAAAAGGGAUAUUGGAUAAGCGGGAAGAUUUUAGAAUGGUAAAGAAUAUUACACUUGGCCAUUUCGGAAAUUUCCUCAAUAUUUAUAUGAUUUACGUAAUUUAUUUUGUUUUAGCCUGAGAAACCGACAGUUGUGGAGGUGUUCCCUAAAGCUGAGCACAUACAUGCCCCUAAAAUAAAGAAACGAGAGUUACCAUCGCUAAAUACUGGUCCGAGAUCAACUGUUACUGCCCGAAAUGCUGCGUCGUAAGUCGAUUCGUGUUUGAAUAUUUUUGUUUUUAGAUCACGAAGGCUGGGAAAGUUCAAUCCACACUUUAUGGACUGCCAUAGCGAUGAAGAGGAUCUACCAACACUUAGGGUAAUAUAAUUUAUUUAUGUUACAGGGGAAAUUCCCCAACUGAGAUGCUCUGCUUUUGUUUAAACUUGGCACAACUUUAAAAUAUUUUUUUCCAAGACGCACGCCAUCUGUUGAUAUUUAAUUUCAAUUAGACAUUUAGAGCUCCCUUCCGUCCUCUCCGGCCACGAUAGCUAAGCCAAAACCACUGAAGUCACUUAUACAAAAGGAAAAGAUAAAAUUGAAUUAUCUUUCCAAGGUAAAGGACGCCAAACCUGCUGUCUCACCUCCGCCAAAUCCUGAUUGGCCUAGUUUAGAAGGAGAAGAUGAGAAAUCGAGUCCUGUUAGACAGCCACAAACCCCACCUAAGGAAUUGGCAAGACCUAGGAAGACAUUCUCCGAGGUAACACAACAAUGUAAACCCAAAGUUACGAAGAAACCGCCAGAAGAUAACGUCUACAAGGUGUUAAGUAGAAAGGAUCUUGAGAUUAGAAGACUUCCCGGAUGUCGAAAACCUUCAGAACCAAGAAAUUCAGAGAGUGAGAGAAGCAUGACUAGUAGAAGAACGAGUGAAAGUACUUCAGAGAUUGGAAGGGGCAAGGAGGAUGUAAAAGAUCUGGAAAAGAAUGAUGAUUCAGCUAGUUCUGUGGGAGGAACUAGAGAGGAUAAGGUGAGUUAGAUGUUAGUUGGUUAUAUUUUGAAUUUUAUCGUAGGUCAAACCUCUUCAAAUCCGCACCGAAUUGUAUCAUACCGGCCCGAUCCCAGGUCUAGCUCAUGAAUUGAUGGCCGCCUCUCCGGUUGACGUGUGCCGUUCUACUCCGUCCAUAGUUUUCCAUAAUUCGCGCCCUCCAUCGUCUCUAUCAUUCUCAGAGAAAUCAAGCGCAACUUUUGAAAGCGAUGAAAAUGUAAAACCCCCUCCAGUUUCGAUUGCGGAGACCUUCAAAUCGAUUCGUCUUCGCUCGGCUCUAACAAGCCAGUUUUUGGAUCUGGACAAGUACGACUUUGGCCCCAAAUAUAAGACCAACGAGGCGUUUAUCCAGUCUCUGAUCCGGGAUGCCACUGAUUUCUUCCAGCCCCCGCCAUUUCUGGACGAACUCGGCUUCAAUCCGGCCCUCUGGUCACCCAUUUAGGAUUGCUUUUGCAGGAUAAACUUGAAUCCACGUUCUAUUCGAGUUUAUUUUUUGAUAAACCGUUUAAAUUUGUAUACACCCACUUUUAUUUUCCACAUUUGGUUUCAUUUUUCUAGCCCAGAUUCUUAUUUUCCCAAGUUGAUCUCCGUUAAGCCUUAUUUGUUGUCUUCCCCACCAUCCCCGUUCAUGUGUAUUUUUGUUAUUGUGUUUAAAUUUAUUUUCAUUCCGAAAAAAUAAAAACAGUGCUAUUGGCUUAGAUUAGGUGGACUGAGGAUAGUGUUAUAAUUUGUUCACGAAAUAUUACGUAAUUUUGCAUGGAAGUACGUUUGCCUUGACGCAUCAGGAAAAUCAAGGCCGGGGAAAUGCUCGUUUUGAGGAAGAAUGCGACGAAAAGUCUUAAUCAAUAUGGAAAUAAUUUUUUUCCGUAUUUACUGUAGCGAAAAGACGAAUAUUUGAAAUUUUUCGGCUAACAGGGGAAGUACUUCAAGUGUGAUGCUCAGAUUUUCUUUAAAUUUUGCACACACAUCGGGUAUGGACUAAAUAUCAAUUCCUGAAAGUUUUAGCUCGCGCUUUGCGGGCGCCGCCGAGAUAUCGAACGAUUUUUGCCGCCGAGAGAGCACGCUAAACGUGGAGAGCGGUCAGAGAGAAGAGCGCUUUUUGGCCAUAACUUUGGCAGUUUCGUGCGGAAAAAUUUGAUUUUUUGUAGAAACAUUAUUCUUUACAGUUGAAAUAGGCAUGAAACUUUUCGUGCCGAAAUUCGGCAAAAAGUCCUAAAUUUUCGCCGACUUUUAAUCUAAAAAUCUCGGUUGUUUCUGUAAAGCGCGAGCUAGGAUUCUCGCAUAUAUCUUAGAAAAAAUUAUUCUAAAUUUAUGCCAAGUUUCAUCAAAAUCUGAGCGUCACACUUCAAGUACUUCCCUUGUAAAUAAAACGCAAAGAUGUACGGUAUAUAUCCCAAUAAAACUAGGGUGUUUGUACCGUUACGUUCGAAGAAGAGACAUCGGGUGAUCUUUAAAGGUCACCUCGUUUUCUUUUCUCCACCCCUCCAUUGGAAUGUCGUAACUCGUCGAGUCCCGCUGAUCUCGAGAGUUUCUCAGGGAAUUCCUUUUUUGCAUUUGCACUUUUGAUCGAUUGGACUGUAAUGAUGAGCCCUUCGUUUCAUGGGUAGUGAUGACGAAAUAACUCGAUCCCCCGACCAGAUAUCGACCACCUCCCGUCCGACUUGAGCAGAAAAGUCGUGUUUCAAAGGGCAAAGACCCCCUUAAAUUUAAGAAAGACGCGGCUGCAGCCCCGUUAUCAUCACAGAAAAAGCCCAUUGCGCCGGGCGAUUCGCUCUCCCGCUCUCACCACCACAGAAAAGGUGUAUGGCGACGAUCGACUGACUUUCAUGCCCACAAUAUUAGGGUAGUUAUUGAUCUCAACGCAGCUUGGCCGGUGCUGUUCUUACCUGGGAGUUUGUUCAACUUAAUUUUGCCGAGUUCCUGUGAGUUUCCUUCGAUUUUCUUUCAUCUAUUUUUGGUUUAGACCUAGUUUUAGUGCAUUUUCGUCCUGCAAAGGAAUAUUUGCUGAGCAUUCCUGA